UGCUGGGGAGUGGUGUUGAUCCGCGCGUGCUCGUAUCUCUGCGGGUUUUCUCUGCAGAUCCCCUGCAGGCAGAGUUUGCUCAACUAGUUGAACUGGCUCUUUCUGUCUUGUUUUUUUGGCAAACUAAGAAUUUCCUUCCUGAUAAAAACGGGCGGCGGGCGCCCCGAUUGGGCGCUGCAUUGGAGAGGAUGUGACAUCAGGCACAUCUCUCGCUUCGCUGGAUCGCUGGCUGCCUCCCAGGGCAGGCUGGGAGCUGUUUGGUUAAAUCCCAACCCAGGUACUCGAGUUUCUGCAGAAAGCGCUGCCGGCACCACGUCCCAGUCUGCUGCAAGGUCUGUUCGACUCAUGCGCGCAGAGUCUGCUUAAUAAAUUACUCCCACCACUGGGGGCUCACCGGGGCCGAUGGAAUUUGAACUCUCGAGACCGACCACAAAGUGAAAAAAACAGAAAUUGGACAGACGGGGCUGAGAUGGAUGAUGAGGGAACAAAUCAAAACAUCAGCAAAUCUCAAGGAUCCGGAGGCCAGGCGUCUGCAAUGUCUCUAUCAAACCCACUGAUGAGGGACUUUGUUUCAGACUGGUCUCCUUUACACGAUGCCUCUAUCCAUGGGCGUCUGCUUACUCUGAAGAAACUCAUCAAACAGGGGAGUGAUGUGAAUCUCGUUACUGCAGACCAGGUGUCUCCUCUCCACGAAGCCUGCCUAGGGGGUCAUGCUGCUUGUGCCAGUGUCCUGUUAAAACACGGUGCUCAGGUGAAUGGAGUUACUGUUGACUGGCACACUCCGUUGUUCAGCGCUUGUGUCAGUGGCAGUGUGGCUUGCUUGAAUUUAUUGCUACAGCACGGAGCCAGCCUACAUCCGCCCUGUGACCUGGCAUCCCCCAUCCAUGAAGCUGCUAAGAGAGGUCAUGUGCAAUGUGUCGAAUUCCUCGCAGCCCAUGGGGUGAAUAUAGAUCACAACAUUGACCAUCUGGGUACUCCGCUUUAUGUAGCUUGUGAGAACCAGCAAGUGAACUGUGCCAAGAAGCUGCUUGAGUCAGGAGCAAAUGUGAACAGCGGCAAGGGCCUGGACUCCCCUUUACAUGCGGCUGCCAGGAAUUGCAGUGCAGAGCUGGUGACGCUGCUGAUUGACUUUGGAGCAGACAUUUGGGUGAAGAAUGCUGAAAGCAAGAGGCCGAUGGAGCUGGUUCCACCUGACAGCCCUGUGGGCCGACUCUUCCUGCAGAAAGAAGGGCCGCUGUCCUUGAUGCAGUUGUGCCGCCUGUGCAUCAGGAGGUGCUUUGGACACAAGCAGCAUCAAAAAAUAACUGGACUUCUCCUCCCGGAUGAGCUGAAACAUUUCCUUCUCCACGUUUGAGCCUUUCAUGUUCAAAAUGGUGCCUUUAAUAGCACAGCAAGAAACACGUCCGGCUGCACAAACCAAAGAGAGGUUAUGACCGCUCUGUGCUCUCCUGGGUGCUCCCCUGGGAAUAUCAGCUGCCUGAUACAUGUGGCGGUGAAGAUGCUGAAGCUCUGGCUCCUCUGCCUGCCGCCCUGUCCCCUCUCCAGCUCUGAACCACGGUGCCCCUGCAUCGGAGGGGCUGACCAAGUGCUUCGGUGCUUCUGGAGACCCUUUUCUUCUUGACUUCCCUGUGAAGACUCCUGCAAGAGUGGGCUUGGUGUGUGAAAACUGUGAUGGCAUCGUUAACGCCAGCAAUGAGAUAUACCGACUCCUCAUCUCGUAAGUGGAGAGACCAGCAGCCUUCAAAUACACAAACUUAUUCUGAUGUUUACUAAUGUGCCGGUGUGCACAGUGCAAGCCUUCCUUUCGCAUGUGGGAAGUUAAAGAGGAUGGAUGAAAUGUUACCUGGAUGCUCAUAUUUCAUGUAAAUUACAACUCAAAUCCUUGGCUGAACAACACGACUGCUGGCUAUAGGUAUCCAGUAGGAUGGUUUGACUUAUUUGUGCUGAUCAAAAACAGGAAGAGCAGUUCCGUUGUUUUUGUGGGACAUUAAUUGAACCCCAAGGGGACAAAAUGAUAAACACACUUAGAGCUGUAACUGCCCUUGUGAUAGAGACGUCUAGAAAACUUCACCGAUCCAACUCAAUCCAUCGCACAUAAUUUGAGCCAUGUAAAAAUUCACUGGCUGGUUUUAGAUGGCCUUCUAUAUUCUUGCCCUCCUGCCGGGGAAGAAAAAUAGACAGCUGUCUUUUUACAUGGCAUAGAAACAGGUGUCUUGGAUAGGUGGAUCCUUCUAAAAUCAGUAUCUUAGUUAAGCUCAACCUGCAUUGAACAGGCAGGGAACAGACAACUAGCCUAGUGCUGAACUUUUGAAAAUCAAAGUAUGAAGAAUCCCAGCUUUGGUGGCACAUCUGAAAGCUGAAUAUCCAGCUUAUUAUAUCUUCGAUGAUGAAGAACCAUUUUUUUACCUACUAGUUUUAUUAUUUACCUUUAAGCAUCUUAUUCUGUAAUUUCAGCCAAUGGGUUUAUAGGAGUAAUGCUAAUACCGUGAGAAAAUUGCUCAGAGAAGGUGGUGAGAGUGUUGCUUCUAGAUUGCUUUUCUUCUGGAAAUUUCAUAGUGUGACUCUGUUUACUUGAAUCCCUCUGAUCAAGUGUAAUUAGGAUGAAUUCUGUAUGCUUAGUUUGAUUCAACUGAGUACAAUUGCUUAUUUAUUUUAAUAUAAAUUGUGAUCAACACUGGCAAAUUACAGCUUUAUGCAUCAACACUUAUCCAGUUAUAAACUGUAAAAGCUGUACAAGAUGCAAACUGAAUAAGCUCAUUAUAGGCGAGGUUUGGACCUUUUUCUAUAUUUGAAACCAUUCCAAAUCUAAUGCAGGACUUGAAAGAUUGUCAGGAAUAUAUUUUAUCAGAUUCUUUGCUAUUAUUUUGGUAGCAGUUUAAUGGUAGUCAAGCCACAAUUUUAUAGGAUAUUUGCUCACAAAUAAAUGGUUUAUACUCUUUUGUUUUGUUUUGAUUUGGUUUGGUUUUUUUAAUUCAUUUUUUAAAUGAUAGCACUGAUUUUGUGGAUUGUCUAAUACUACAGAGUUUUGGACUGAACUCUAAUUGUUUGCAAUCCUGCCUACAAGCAUGUAGUGUACAGAAUAAUUCCUUCAAAUAGACCUAUAGAAAAGAUAAGACUAAGAUGCAGAUACGGUGCAAAUCUUGCCUUUUGCUCCUGUUUUAAGAUACAAUUGGACUCUUGCAAUUAUUUUUCUACUUACUUGAGGGUUAGUAAGAAGGAGCCUGAGAUUUCACAAAGUAGGAGAAGAUGUAAAUUGAGAUGGUCACCAUCUUUAGUUUGGGGUUUUUUUUACUGAUUUGCAUCAGUUUGUUUGUUCUGUCUCCUCAGCAAGGGGCACAUGACCUGGGCGCCCUUGUGUGUGCCCGCACAACAGGAACCCUUUACUGGAAGUAAGCGUGUGGAGAUCCCUCUACAGUCUGAAGUCCAAGAGGUGUCCGCCAGAUUCCAGCACCUACACUGCGGGGCUGAAGAGAUGUGGGAGGACAGUAAUUCCUUCUCU